AUGUCUUCUUCACAAGUAAACCUCAAAAAUUAUCUAAUUCCACUUGAGGAGAUCAAACGAGCCACCGAAAACUUCAGUCAGCAAAGAUGCAUCGGAGGUGGUGGCUUCGGUCUAGUCUACAAAGGACAACUUUCCGAACGAUGGCAAAACUGCAUAGUUGCUAUCAAACGACUAAGUCCAGACAGUUAUCAAGGAGAGCACGAGUUCCGAAAUGAAGUUGCGAUGAUUUCCAUGUUCCACCACGAAAAUAUCAUCUCCUUUAUUGGUUACUGUGAUGAAGAACACGAGAUGAUUAUAGUAUAUAAGUAUGCAGUCCAUGGAAGCUUGGAUCGACAUCUCGAAGACCCAAACAAGAUGCGUCUCAUAACAUGGACGCAACGCCUGAUGAUAUGUCGUGGAGCAGCUAGAGGACUCGAUUACCUUCACUCAGGUCUUGGAGAACACAAGAGGGUGAUACAUAGAGAUGUGAAGAGUGCUAACGUAUUGUUAGAUGAUAAUUUUGUUGCAAAGGUUUGUGAUUUUGGGUUGUCGAAGUUUAGUCCUAGAAAUCUACCAAAUACCGAGGUGUUUACAAAAGUUGCGGGUACCCAGUUUUACGUGGAUCCCACUUACAAUGAAAGUCGGAUCCUGAGAAAAGAAUCGGAUGUAUACUCGUUUGGAGUUGUAAUGUUUGAAAUGUUGAGUGGGAUGCUUGUUUAUAGUGAAAGGAGUGUUGAAGAUGAUAGGACGGAGUUUUUAAUGAAUUUGGUACGUCGAUAUGAUCAUAACGUAGUAGAUAAGUUGAUUGAUCCCCAUAUGAGAGAUCAAAUUGAUAGUCAUUCUUUAGACACGUUUAAGGAAAUUGCAUAUCAAUGCAUUAGUUUGAAUUUGACAAAACGCCCUACGAUGGAUAAGGUCGCUGAGAGGAUUCAGGAAGCAUUGAGUAUUCAAGACAAUGUUGACACCCUUAUCCUUUGUGCUACAAAAUAUAUGGGUUUUAGUUAUGGAAAACCUGUUGCAGCGUUUACCAUAUAUAGAUGUCUUCUUCAUUGGAAAUAUCUUGAAGCUGGAAGAACAAGUGUAGUUGAUAGACUUUUGAAGUUCAUUGAUUCAGCAAUUAAGGAUCAAGAUAAUUACGAUGUGAUGGCGUAUUGGUUAUCAAAUGCAUCAAAUUUGUUAUUCUUAAUCCACAGUGGUAUAAAGCCUGAUGUUUCGAGUAUAGAUUCCAACAGAGGAGGUCAAACAUCGCUAUUUCGAAGAAUUACAAGGGGUAUGACUGAGGUUGUGGUUGAUGCUGUUGAUGCAAUUGGAUCGGCGGCUGAGGCUGUUACUCGGGUUGACGUUACCUCUAGGCAUAAUGCUUUCGUUGAGCAACACUUGCUGCGAGUUGAAGCCAGAAGUCGUGCUUUGGUUUUCGUGCAACAACUAACAAUAUAUGUGGAGAUAUUGUAUUGCAUUAUCCGUGACAACUUGAAGAAUGAGUUAGGAUCAUUACCUACCUUAUGUACUCAGGGUCCAAUAACAUCUAGAGAGUUGUUAAUUGGCAAUGAUUCUACAUUCAAUCACUGGCAAUAUAUUGUUGAUCGUCUCAACACUCUGCUUAUCAAAAUGAAAGAAAACUUUGUGCAUGGCAUAAUUGUUCAAAAGAUAUUUGCUCAAGUUUUCACAUAUAUCAAUGUUCAACUCUUCAAUAGUCUUCUUUCACGCCCUGAGUGUUGCACCUUUAGCAAUGGUGAAUAUAUGAAAGUUGGUUUAGCAACAUUGGAGAUAUGGUGUUUUCACGCAAAACCAGAGUAUGCAGGCUCUGCUUGGGAUGAACUUAAACAUAUUAGACAGGCUACAAGGUUCUUGACAACACCUCGAAAGGACAAGAUAUCAUAUACAAAACUUACCAAGGAUAUAUGCCCUAUUCUAAACGUCUAUCAGCUAUAUAGAAUCUGCACGAUUUUUUCAACACCCGUGUCCAAGACUCAGCAUGUAUCCCAAGAUGUUAUUUCAAGCUUGAGGAGAGUAAUGACAAAAGAUUCCAAAGAUUCCAAUAGUAAUCCCUUUCUAUUAGAUGACCAUUUGAGCAUGCCAGUGUUUGUUGAUGAACUCUCUACUUCGUUACAAGUAAAAGAUUUCGCAAACGUUAAACCUGCUCAAGAACUUGCUAAGUAUCCAGCCUUCCAAUUUUUGUACAACUAA